UAAAUACUAUCGGCAAACCCGCGGUUUUGCAGUUACAUCUCUCUCUCUCUCUCUCUCGCUCGCUAAACCAAAUCUCUGAAAAAGAACUCUCUCCCUCCUUCCUCUACUGCAAUUUGCUUCUUAACUUGUUCUUUGAAAUGAAGGUAAAAUGAAAGAAAGAAGAUGCCAAACUGAAACGUCCAACGUAUUGAUUAAAAUUUCUCCUCUCAGUCAUUCAGCUAAAAUUAUACCCUGGAAAUGGGGAAGAAAGGAGGUGGUUGGUUCUCAUCAGUGAAGAAAGUGUUCAAGUCAUCUUCUAAUAAUAAGGAAUUACCAGAAAAAAAGAAAGACAAUGUACAAAAAUGGCAACAUGAGGCCCCAGAAGUUGUAUCAUUUGAACAUUUUCCAGCAGAGAGUUCUCCAGAUUUAACUAAUGAAGAAAGCAGAGCAUCAACUGCAGUGAGUGAAGAUAGAAAUCAUGCGAUUGCAGUUGCAGUGGCAACGGCGGCAGCAGCAGAAGCAGCGGUUGCAGCCGCACAAGCAGCAGCUAAAGUUGUUAGAUUGGCUGGCUAUGGACGUCACUCCAAGGAAGAGAGAGCUGCUACCCUCAUACAGUCAUAUUAUAGGGGCUAUCUUGCCCGGCGUGCCUUGCGUGCAUUGAAGGGACUAGUGAGGCUACAAGCACUAGUGAGAGGACAUAAUGUACGCAAGCAAGCACAGAUGACUAUGAGGUGCAUGCAAGCACUAGUACGCGUCCAGGCAAGAGUUAGAGCACGCAGACUGCAGUUGACUCACGAGAAGCUCCAGAAGAAGGUUGAUGAAUAUCACGAAGAGGAAUAUCAAGAAGACGAAGAAGAAGAAGAAGAAGAAGUAGAAGAAGAACAUAGACCAAGAAGAUCAUCCGUGGAUGAAAGAAUAAAUAUGAAGAGCCCAUUGAAGAGCUAUACAGUUGAAAGCUGGGAUCACAGACGUCAAAGUUCAGACAGAAAUAAGGAAAAUGCUUCUAGGAAGCAUGAUGGUGUCUUGAAGAGGGAGAGAGCCCUUGCUUAUGCUUAUGCCUAUCAGCGACUUCAACAAAACCAACAGCUUUUGCAAUCAGAACCUAGUGGUGAAGAGAUGGGAUUUUAUGCUAACGAACGAGAGAAGAAACAAUGGGGCUGGAAUUGGCUAGAACGUUGGAUGUCAUCACAACCAUACCAUGCACGUCACUUGGGGCCAAACGAAAUGUCGUAUAUGACACUAACUACCACAACCACCACAGACGACAUGUCAGAGAAAACAGUAGAGAUGGAUGUAGUUACUCCACCAGGAGGCAACAAUAGUACUACUACUAAUCCAUACUCAACCAAGCAUCAAAGGCAAUCAAGUUUAAACAGCUACAUUCCUAGUUAUAUGGCUCCAACCCAAUCUGCCAAGGCCAAGGUACGUAGUUAUCAGGCCACAGUUAAGCUCCAGCAGCAACAACAUGGGCUAUUUGUGCCCCAGUGGAACUCAUCCACAAAGAAAGGAUCAGUUGGUGGUGGGUCUGGUUGUGACUCUUCAAGUUCAGGUGGAGGAGGAGCUUCUUACAUGGCUCCAAGGAGUCCAAACCCAAAGAACAAUGGUGGGUUGCGCCUGCAAUCUAGACGUAUUGGUGGAUUUAGCCCAGAUUCUAACAAUGGUGCUAGUGAGGAUUGGAGAUUAUCUCCCCUUGAUGCUCAUGGUUGGAGGCAUGAUUUUAGUUGAUGGAGUUUUAUGAAUAUCUAUGAUCAUGUUUAUAUGCAUGCAUAAUUGCAUAAUUUAUAUUUUCUGGAUCGAUGUUUGCCAUUUGUGAUGUCAUAAAUCGCACCUACAUUCAUUUGUUGGGUGAAACUAUCUACAUGAGGAGUUAAUAUGCUCUUAUCUGUUGAUGUGUUAAAUUGGCACUAGCCCUACUACCAUUAAGUAAUUAUUUGAGUUA